CUCACGAGGUGGUAAUCAAACUGUUUCCUGCGCUUAUGAGCUUAUGAGCUGUGCAAACAGGUUUUGUGUUAAUUUUCCAACUCAUCGUCAUCAGACCAGAGCACUAGUCAAUGCUCGUGCUAAAAUGGCCGGAUUUUCCUGCAGCGCAAUUUUAGCACUCUAUCUAACCGCGAUAACGUUUCCUGAAGGAGACGCUCUGAGCGUGAACCGUGGUAAAGCUACUACAUCGCCUAGUAGUAACACGUCGCUAGCACAUGUUAAAACUCCGACUUCAAUUCCCACUUCAAAUGGAUAUGUGCAAGAUCAGAAACCGACCGCCAGUGGAAACAACGACCUAUAUUCCGAGGAUUCAGAUAUGUACAAAUUGAGAAUCGAGAUUAUCAAAGCCAAAAUACUUAAAAAACUUCAAAUGGACAAACAACCAGUCGUCCACAUAGAAAAAACAAAGGACAAAAUGAUCGCAGACCUUCUUUUAAGUUUAAAUCUUAUUGAUAUGAAUGACGAUGACAGUGAAACGGGAGAGUACGAAGACAGAAAGUAUGACAAGACGAGCAAACUCAUUGUUUUCGGCGAAAAAGGUAAGUGGAACAAUUUUGCGUGCUCUAAGGGGUAGAUACGAAGUCGCAUUUUGUCAUGUUUCUCCACAGAUUAUUUCCAUCAAGGUCAUGGUCCGGCUUUCAAGUUUUGCCUUUGUUUUCAGGACGUUUUGAUACCGGCAUGGUCAAGAGGGCAGCAGUUAAAAUAUUUCAGCAUAUUUCUUGUCAAUUCACUCGUCACCGCAGACAGCAACAGAGCAAAGUUCAAGAGCUAAUGUUGCAACAACUUCAUAAUUACUCAAAAUGCUGCCUUGACGUUCUAGAUAUUAGUUCUCGGCACCUCAUGCGGUGUUAACUGAAAUAACGUGUUUUGUUUUGAAUUCUGCUUCUAAGUUAAUGGUCAUUGUGUUACGAACAUUAGGAGGCGGAGUCGCUCUAUAUGUCCUUUCACAACCGCUCAGAGAGUGCUUUGGAAAUUGUUUUAGUCCUGUCACGUAGGUUUAUAGCAAAAUAUGGAGGGAGAGAGAACCAAUUUUCGUCAUUCCUUACUUCAUUAAAGCCUUGCAUCGGUAGCUUGUAGUUUAUCUUCAACUAAGGACACGGAAUCUUAGAAACAUGUGCCAUUCUACCAUCUCACAUUAUCAAAAUUAUCCAGACAGUACCUAUGAAAGAAUGUCAAACUUUAUAUAAAAGGAGGGGCACUAGGAACAAUUGGUAUUAAUUCAAACAACAGUUAAUAGCAGGUGAAACAAUAGGAUGCAUGCAAAUAAUCAAAACCUUCAAUGUUUUCAUAUUUGACAAGUAUGUGGUAUACAAACGUUCUAAAGAGGCAUACAAAAAAAAUUCACAUGGACUAGCUUUAAUUUUUUCGCUGCUAACUGAUCGGUGAUCAAAUAUCCCUUCUAAUUAUUACUUACUUUCUUUCUCUUCAAUUUUAGCUAAAGUUUCACCUUCGAAAUCAAAGCGCAAAUUUUCCGAGAAGUUGAUUUUCCAGUUUAGAAUUGAGCCAAAAUCGCUGUCCAGUUUAGUGCCCUCUGCGUUUCUGUGGGUUCAUAAACGGAAAAGCAGACAACACGAGCUAAGGAAGAAAACACUUCACAUUUAUGCACGUGACAAAGAGUCAACCAGAGGCACCUCCAAAGUACCAAUCCGCAGAACGACGAAGACCAAGUUAAAAUCAAAACGAACUGGCUCAGGAUGGGAAAUGAUAGACGUGAAAGAAAUCGUUCGGCACUGGUUUAACAAGACAGCUAAUCAAUACGAUGCUGGCAAUGGUACUGGCAAUGGAACCGACAAUGGCGUACAGGCCUUAGAAAUCUCUUGCCUGGACUGUGAUUCGAACGUUAGUCAGCUAAUCAACUCGCGAGGCAGACUACGGCCAUUUCUCGUUAUCGACUUAGAGAAGCCAAGAACACUGAAGAGGAAAAAACGCGAAGAUAACGGAUGCCCUGCCGGGCAAGCAGUAUCGUGCUGUCGCCGCACUUUUUACGUGGAUUUCGUCAAAAUUGGCUGGGAUUGGGUAAUACAUCCGCAGGGAUUCUAUGCCAAUUUCUGUGAAGGUUCUUGUGACAGUCUUCAUACGAGAGUUACUAGUGAACGAGCCAUCAUACUGCAAGAGGCGGCAAAAAAAAACCUGGGUCCACCUGCUUACACUGGUAGUUGUUGCUCCCCCACAAAAAUGUUGCCCUUUUCAAUGCUGUACUGGGACGAUGAGUAUAACAUUGCAAAAAAGGACCUACAAGAUUUGAAAGUUAAAGAAUGUGGCUGCUCUUAAAAUGCAAAGGAAGACAUAAGUAGAGCCAUUGACAUCCGCAGACGCGUUUAGCUUAUUGAGUUUGAAGGUAACAAGGCUGUUUGAAAGUUAGCUAUCUAUUUUUGAAGCAAAUUUUUUGACGUGGGAUGUUGGAUGUUUAGAUUUAAGAUGAGAAAAAAAAAAAGGUGACUUUAGUCUUCAUAUAUAAAUUCCUCAAAAGAGUACAGAAGAGAAAUAUGAUAGCCUCUUCAAUACCCCGAGGCAUUAUACCUCUGAAGUGAUGAUUUUAUUGGUUUUGAUACGUAAAUACCUUGAUCAUUUAACCUCUUCGAAUUCACGUAGAAGUGCAAUGUUGCUAUUUGAUAUCGAGCUUAAUGCUCAUCUAGGGCUUUGAUUUAUUUUUGCACGCUAAAGAAACAAACAUAACUGAUAGAGUAGAGUAUUUAAGACGAUGAACUGACCCCUUGUAGCGCCACGUGUAUGAUGCCCUUCGAUGGACAUAAACUAUUGUGAUGUGAUAAUUUGCUAAUUCCGGUGGCGCUGCGAGAUAAUUCGGGUGUUGAUGUCCAUCUCAAUCACGCCUAUCUUAAUACCAAAUUGAAACUGGAAAUGGCAAAUUUAUCAUACAAAAGAACAACUGAUCAUCGGCAAACAAGGGAUAUAUAUACAUGUAUGUUAGGAAUGACGCUCUGUGGGGUUGUCUGAACAUUGAGGUCUUCCAUAUGCAAAGCAUUGCGGAAAACCAUUACUAAAUGUAUCACUUUGCAUGCAAAGUAGGUUUCUAAAACCAUUGUUUAAGGAUGGUUGAAAAGACAAAUUGAAAGCAGAAGACUAAAUUAAAGGGAGCUCACGAAAUAAUUUAGGAUAAGCAAUAUCAAAACCCUGUUGAUCAACACUGAUUGUUGCGAAAUAAUUGUUAGACCGGGAGUAAGGGAAGGGGGUUGGUGGCUGACUCCUAACAUUGAAAUUCUCCGUCUGAAAUACUACCUAAUUCAAGUUUAUGGUUCUUAAUUCGGUAGCGGUUUCAUAUCAUUUGAGAAGGAAGGGCUAACAAAUUUUUUUCAGGUGAUAGGUGGUUAAUACCCCAAAGUUCAGUAACACUUCCCCAACCAACGGACCUUUGCGAGGAAACCGUCUCCCUAUGAAAGACAAAGAACCCAAGUCUAACUUAGAGAAAUAAAUACUGUGAUAUUUUAAACAGCCUCAUUUCUUCCUGAAACCUGGCACUCAAGUGCUGUUUAAUAUGUUCUUAAAUGCAAGGUAAAAAUCUGAAAGUAGUUCUGCAUUAUACUACUAUUAACUCACUUGUUGUGCGCUCAAAAAA